GUGGGUCCGCAGACAUGAGCAGAUGGACCGAGCCUACCACUUCCUCGAAGAGGAGUUGGGAGAUGAGUCGUCAGUUGAAGACUUUGCGAUGAAGACACACCUGCAGGGACUUCCAACGGACCACCCUAGAUGGAGGGUCAUCCGCAUUUCUACUCCCCCGUCUGUGCAGUCGGCAUUGCUGGUACAUUGUCAUCACUCCCUCGGAGAUGGCUUGGGGAUGCUGUUUGCGAUGUCGCCCUUGCUUGGCGUCCCUGGGGGAAACCCCCUCGCCACGGUGCCCCUCCCGAGGGUGAUGCUUCCCGAAUUUGCCAGGCCACCACCUGGCGAGUCACCCGAGAGCCCCAAAACUCCCCUCGUCCGGAAGAGCCGGUGUAAUCCCUUUGCAUGCCUCUGGGGUGCUUUCAAGGGCAUUGGCUCUUUCUUCCGGGGCUUCUUUCUGAUGGGCCUUGUUGGCCACGACACAGAGCUCAGCAUCAACGAGCCGCUGCAGAAGAGGAGUCCCUUCCUCCCUUUCUCGGGGAAGCGACAGCUCACGCGCUUUCCCAUAGUCCCCCUAUCGCUCAUCAAAAAGGCGAGGGAGAACCACGGCUGUACCUUGAACGACAUCGUCAUGGCCGCAAUCACGGGAGCUUUGCGGAAGUAUUGCCUUGAGGUCCAGAAAGACGAGAAGCUGCAGAGCGGCGAGCAGGUGCAGUUCAAGUCGAUGGUGAUGCUGGCCAUGCCGCGUGAGUGCAGUGCCUCCGAUCCGAGCAUUGCUCUACGCAACAAGAUGCUUUUUACCAGCGUCUCGUUGCCCCUGUCGGAGAACUCCCAGUCCGCCCGGGUGCGCAAGACGGUUGAAGGCCUCAACGGCUUGAAGAACGCCGCGUACAUGUGUGGCGUGCGGCUCUUUACUGACUUGGUGGCCAGCAUCGCGCCAAGGUCGGUCCUGAACAAAGCGACCGGGGAAACUUGGUCGAAGCAUACGAUUCUCGUGACGAACGUGCCGUGUACCUCGGUUCCUCUGACGUUCCCAGCAGAGGAUGGGCAGACUCUGCAAGGUUUGUCUCUUGUCAUCGCGAACGUCAUGUCCCAGGUGUCGGUCAUAUCUUACAACGGCUCGCUCUACGCCACAUUCGUGGCGGAUCCGGACUUGAUUCGCGAGGCAAAGAAACUCGGCGAACUCUGGAUCUCCGAGAUCAAGGAGUUGGCAGGGCAG